UAGACCAGAGACAAAAGCAAAAAGAAUUAAAAAGGUUAAGAGAAAGCAAGUCUGAGAAUCAGACUAAUGCUAAUAUCCAAUCUAGCUUCAGCUCAGAUAACCCUUAUGUCACUGACAUAGCUAUUGAAGAUCCUAAUAGCUCAGCUAGAUCAGAUAAUACACCUACAACUCCCAAUUCACAAACUAAUAAA